CAUAGAAUAAACCACCCUAGGGGUGGUUUAUUCGGGGGCUUAAUUACUUCUAAGGUUCCGGAGGACGCAGGGUGAUGGUGUUGCCCCUUCUAAAGAUGGCCGCCACAUUGAUAACACUGCUCUUGGUUCCAUGGUAUGGCUCCAGAUGCGUAUUAAUGAUGCCGUGCCUGGAGCAUGUGUAACUACGGAGGAAGUUCGGCGCAAGGGAGGCAAUUUAACGUGGUGACGUCCAGGAAGUCCAAAAUAUCUUUCAAGCUUCCUGCCGAAGGGACUAAAGGAAAAGUACGUUUUGGGAGGAUAUUGUUUGCGCACAGCUAUGUCUUCUCAAUUGAUAAAGUCCAGCUACGGGCAAGUCCAUCUGUCACCUUGAGAAAUGGGGACAACCUGAGUCUGACGUGUUUUGUGCAAUUCAUCAAGGGCGAGACGGAAUCCUUUGAGCUGACGACGCAGUUUGCCUUUUUCAAGAAUUUCAAACAGAUCUAUAAUGUGAGCUCUAACAGCCCCAAUGCCACUUACAGGCUGAGCCCAGCGAGGGUGUCCAGCUCCGGGCAGUAUCAGUGUAAGGUGCAUGUGGGGCAAAUGAUGAAGCAAAGCGGGAUAGUGACCAUCACAGUUACAGGCCUGUCAAAACCCAAACUGAGUGUUUCUACCAAUUCCACAAAAGAAGGCCAAACCAUAAUUGUGAAAUGUGAGGCGCCGGAGGAGGAGCCGCCCUUCCGCUUCACCUUCUACAAAAUGAAGAAUAAUGGAAAUAAAGACAUGGAGGUGCUCGGCCCAAUACCUACUUCAGAAAAUCCAGCCUCUAUGGAAGUCUCUAUGGCGGAGGGUGAUCGCAUAGUGAGGUUCCUUUGUGAUGUUGCACUCACUAGCCUUCCCAAUUCAAAUGUCUCUGAUCUCAGUGACUGGAUGUUGGUAACUGUGGAACAACAAUUUUCAACCCCGAGGAUUGAAGUUUCGCCGUCGCUCAAUUUUACCGAAGGGAAAGAAAUGUCGGUUAAGUGCUCGAUCCAGACCUCCUCCUCUGUUUCUGGAAAGGUGCAGCUCUUUAUUCAGAAUGGCACACACAUUCUAACUAGCUCCAAAACAGACACAGUAUGGUAUGCCCAGCGUGCUACAGAGAGCCAUAGUGGCCAAUACAUCUGCAAGGCAGAAUAUGAGCAGACAUCAAAGUCCAACAGCACCAACGUGACUGUGACCGAGCUCUUUAAAUCGCCGAGCCUCUAUUCUAAUAUUCGGAACUCCACUAUGGAUGAAGAUGCGCGCUUGUCUCUGUCUUGCUCUGUUCAAGGGAUCUCACCCUCCUCAGCCCAUAACUUCUCCCUGCUAAAGGACGGGCAAAUCCGCAGCAAUUCGGAGAAACUCGAAAUAUAUGCAAAGACAUCUGACAGCGGCACCUAUAGGUGCAUGGUCACUAUAUCCAACAUCACUAAAACCAGUGGUGACCUGCCCAUCCGUGUGUAUGCCCCGGUUUCCAAACCGCUUCUGAGCCACCGUAACCAGAGUACCAGCAUGGCGGUGCAGGGCAGCACCAUUGAGCUACGGUGCAAGUGUGACAAAGGGACUCCUCCUAUCACCUAUUCCUUAAUGAAAGGCAGCACGGUUUUGAGCAACAUUACUGAGACAGAGGCCAAAGCGGCUAUGUUUAAACUGAAUAUAAGCGAGCAGCAGAAUUCUGGGCAAUAUCGGUGCAGAGCGUACAACUUGCAUAGCAGCUCCCUUGGGUUCAGCAACACCGUCAACAUCACUGUUAUAAGUCCUAUCACGGAGGUCACACUGACGACUAUCCCACAGUCAGGCACAGUGGAAGAAGGCAAAGAGCUUUCUCUGGUGUGUGCAGUAAAAAACGGCAGUUUGCCCAUCGAUUUCCACUUCCUUGUAAAGAGAGGGAAGGAAAGUGUCCUGCACAGCUCAAUGGAUAAAUCCGUGUUCCACUCGGAAACCCAAAUAAAAUCCUUCAGCGCCAAUGACGAUGGGAGCUACUUCUGUAGGGCCACCAAUGGGGCCCAUCAAACUGUGGACAGUAAUCUUGUACAUGUAAAAGCUGUUCUCGCUACCUGGAAGAAGGGGCUCAUCAUCACUUUUGUCGUGUUCAUUCUCAUUGCCGCCGUGGCCAUUUGCUCCUAUUUUUACACAGAAAGAAAGAAAAAAGGAAGAGAAACCGCGCUGGAUAUGAACAGAACAACUAACGAGAAGAGUUCCAGCAAGGAGAAGUCGGCUGCUAUUGGCCUGAGGAGCGAAGAGGAAUCCUGUUUGGUUCCAGGUAACGUCGUCCAAUCAGAGGAUGAGAAUCAUGUUGAUAAAUCACCAGAAGGAAACUUGGGGAACAAUAAAGAGAAGCCGGAGGUGGAGCCGGUCACCCCAAACCCACAUCAAGAUGGCAGUGAGGCGACACCCCGAGAACAGAAGACUCGUGUGAUGUCUAAAUGCCCCAGUGAAGAUGUCUAAAUGCCCCAGUGAAGAUGUCUAAAUGCCCCAGUGAAGAUGUCUAAAUGCCCCGGUGCCCCGGUCACUGCAUGAAGAGAAGCCUAUAAGAAAGAGAAGCAGAGACUAUUGUUGCUUUAUUGGCACUUAUUUAUGGAACAUUCCCAGCCGGUCCCCCCCCCCCACAGCAUCUCAGCCGGUC